GGUGCACUGCAGGGGCUCGAGGAGGGAAGCACAGCCCGGGCCCAGCUGAGUGGAGUCCAAGAGGGAGGGACGGGUUCCGCCCCACAAAUGUGGGAAAGGGUGUGGGGCAGAAGGGGGACUAUGAGGGACAGGGCAGGGGUCCCCGUUCGGUCCCAGAUUUACGCCAGGUAUCGACGGGUAGAGAGGAAAGUCCCUGAAGGUGGUGAAUCAGCUCGGGCGUUCAGGAGGGCUGCAACUCCACCCUCGACGGGCUUGAGGGGUUAGCCCGCCUCCCGCAGCCCCUGCGCCCCAGAUGUGCAGCCUGCCCGGCUCUGCGCCGUCCCAGGCUCUGGAAGGCCCCUGGGCGCUGGGCGCAGUCCGCCUGGGAGCCCUGGGGCGCCAGCACCCCGAGCCCCGCGGACCUCCCCGGAACCCGCCCUCGCGCAGCCCCACGUCACCCAGGGAGCGCGCCUCGCUGCGCGCGCCCUUGCCCGCGCCCGAGGCGCGUGCCCGCCCCGGUGCAGCCCCUCCUCCCCGCUGUGUUUAUUAGGGGAAGGAGGGCGGAGGCGGAGGCCAGUUCCCCAGCUCCAGCCGCCGUCGCUCCCGCCUGUGUAGUUGCAGCCGCAGCCGCCUCCCGCCAGCUCGCCUCCGGGAAGAGGACGCGCGCGAGCUCGGGCAUUCCCGCCCCAGCCUCUCCCGGAGCCAUGAACCCCAACUGCGCCCGGUGCGGCAAGAUCGUGUAUCCCACGGAGAAGGUGAACUGUCUGGAUAAGUUCUGGCAUAAAGCAUGCUUCCAUUGCGAGACCUGCAAGAUGACACUGAACAUGAAGAACUACAAGGGCUACGAGAAGAAGCCCUACUGCAACGCACACUACCCCAAGCAGUCCUUCACCAUGGUGGCUGACACCCCGGAAAACCUUCGCCUCAAGCAACAGAGUGAGCUCCAGAGUCAGGUGCGCUACAAGGAGGAGUUUGAGAAGAACAAGGGCAAAGGCUUCAGCGUGGUGGCGGACACGCCCGAGCUCCAGAGAAUCAAGAAGACCCAGGACCAGAUCAGUAAUAUAAAAUACCAUGAAGAGUUUGAGAAGAGCCGAAUGGGCCCUAGCGGGGGUGAGGGCAUGGAGCCAGAGCGCCGGGACUCCCAGGACAGCAGCAGCUACCGGCGGCCCCUGGAGCAGCAGCAGCCCCACCACGUCCCAACCAGUGCCCCAGUUUACCAGCAGCCCCAGCAGCAGCUGACGGCCCAGUCCUAUGGGGGCUACAAGGAGCCUGCAGCCCCAGUCUCCGUACAGCGCAGCGCUCCAGGUGGAGGAGGGAAGCGGUACCGCGCGGUGUAUGACUACAGCGCCGCCGACGAGGACGAAGUCUCCUUCCAGGACGGGGACACCAUCGUCAACGUGCAGCAGAUCGACGACGGCUGGAUGUACGGGACGGUGGAGCGCACCGGUGACACGGGGAUGCUGCCGGCCAACUACGUGGAGGCCAUCUGAGCCCGCGGUGCCCCCCACCUGUCUUCAGCGCAUUCCAUGGCAUCGCAUCCGUCCUGGGUGUGCCCUGUCCAUUCUUCAGUGUCUCUGUUUUUUAAACCUGCAACAGCUUGUGAUUCCUACCCCUCCUCCAGCUUCUUUUGCCAACUGAAGCCUUCUGCCACUUCCGCGGGCUCCCUCCUCUGGCAGGCAUCCCCCUUGACCGACUUCUUGAUUUUCUCUCUGGAUGGAACAGGCCUGGGCCUCUCUGGGGGUGGGCGAGGCCGGGGUGUGCGGCUGGAAUGGGAGACCUGCGGGCCUCUGGGCCUUGCCUGCCUCUCUGUUCUCUCCCUUCACGUCCUUCUGCCCAGCUCCUCACACACCCACACAUUCCAGGACUGGGGUGAGCCUGAGACUCCCAGGACCCCAGGGCAGGGGCUCCCCACGUUCCCCAGAGUGGGAUCUGUGUGUAGGCUCCUGCGAUGGUGACAGGGGUUCCUUUGUUGUGUAGGGACCAGUGCGAUGGGCUCUACCUCUCCUUCUCAAAGAGGGGGCUGCUGCCCACCCUGGGUCUCUCCCCACCUUCUCCCUCAGGGGCAGCAGCAGGAGAAUGGGGUCCCUGCUGCGGGGUGCCUUCCUCCCCUCCCGGCGCGUUCCUUCGCACACUGUGAUUUUGCCCUCCCGCCCACGCAGACCCGUACUGGGCAAAGAGCUCCCCAGGAAGCACAGCUUGGGUCAGGUUCUUGCCUUUCUUAAUUUUAGGGACAGCAACCGGAAGGAGGGGAACAGGGAGUUCUUCCCCGCAGCUCCUUUCCCCAUACCCACCCCCAGUCUCAAGGGCCCCUGCCUGCCUCCCAGGCUGGAAGCGUGGUCCUGAGGCGUGGGGCAAGGGUGACUUCGGGCCAUUUGGUCUUCAGCCUCCCUCAGCCCCCAGGAUCUGAGGUAGGCAGCAGCUCCAGCCUGCUUCUCAUAGGAAGAUGUCUCAGAGCCUUCCGUGGCCUCCCCUCCCCAGCACAAUGCCAAGUGGGCCUGGAGCUGCACAGAGCCAGCAGGGACCACUGUAUCUCCAAGACCUGGUGUGCAGAGGCAGGAGCAUGUAUGUCUGCAGGUGUCUGAUGUGCAAGUGUGUGAGUGUGAGUGUGAGCGUGAGAGAUGGGCAGGGGCAUGUCUGUAGAUGUCUCUGGGCCUGUGUGUGGCUGGGGGUAUGUGCGGUACGAAGAGCCGUCCUCCCCUAAGAGUUUCCUCAGAACCCGCAGCAAGAGGGGAGGGCUCCUGGGGAAGAGAAGUUCCUCCUUCCCCGUAUCUUGGAGUGGGGGCAGCCCACCAGUCUGCCCUUUGCAGCGUGCAGGGUGGAAGGUGAGGGGUUGGCGUGGAGUUGCUGGGGCUGCCGCCUCCCGGGGAGGGGAAGGUGGUGCUCUGUCCAGCUCCUGCUCUCUGCUCAGGGGUGGCUGCAACAACCCUGGCCUCACUCGUUUCAUCUCUGGUUUUCUUGCCACCCCCUGGAAGUCCCCAUCCCAUCUUCACCCUGAGCCCAACCAGGUCCCCCUGCUGGGGGAAGGCUCUGUCACUCCAGGCAUAUUUUCCCCCAUCUCCGUGUCUGGGCUGCAGAAUAGGGUGCCAGAAGGACCCUGUGUCACCCACAGUGUGUGUCCCUCUGGGGGCUCUUCCCCUAGACCCCUCUCACUUACGUAAAGCUUCCUUGAAGCAAGAAAGAGGGUCCCAGGGCUGCAAAACUGGAAGCACAGCCUCCGGGCCGGGGAGGGGAAGGUGGUGCUCUGUCCAGCUCCUGCUCUCUGCUCAGGGGUGGCUGCAACAACCCUGGCCUCACUCGUUUCAUCUCUGGUUUUCUUGCCACCCCCUGGAAGUCCCCAUCCCAUCUCCACCCUGAGCCCAACCAGGUCCCCCUGCCAUUGGCCUCUUCUCCCUGCACUCUUGUACCCACAGGUGAGGGGCAGGACCUGCAGGUUUUGGCCUGUUCAACAGUUAGUCAUCGUGGGUGUUUUGUCAACUGCUUGUGAAUUGAUGUGGGGAUACCUGCCCUACAUCAGAAGUUGAGGAAAAGACGGUGGGUGAGGAGGCCCUGCCUAACCAGUCCCUUUUCCUUUCUUGGCCUGUCUAGGUGGAGGCAAGUGGAAUAUCUUAUCUUGGGCAGUGUGGGGGCUGGGGGAGGCAGAGGAUCCCUUGGGAGUCUUGGGUGGCACUGGUGCAUUCUGUUUCCUCUUGAUCUCAAAGCACAAUGUGGAUUUGGAGACCAAAGGCCAGGGACACAUCCCCUUAGAGGACCUGAGUUUGGGAGAGGGGUGAGUGCAGGGGAGAAGCAGCAAAAAGCAGCCUGUUGUCACUCGGCUUAAUUUUCCUUCCCAGACAAGGCGAGUCAGUCAUGGAAUCUUGCUGCAGGCCCGCCCUCUACUCUUCCCGUCCUAAAAAUAGGGGCCGUCUUCUUACACACCCCCAGAGAGAGGAGGGGACCGUCACACUGGUGCUGAGGGACCCAGGGGCUGCUGGGUGCCUGCUUCUUACCAGAACCAUCAAUCCCUAGUAGAGCACAGAGCCCUGAGGGCUGGGCUGGGCUGGGCUGGGCUGGGCCGGGCCCCUGGUCUUCUCUACAGUUCACAGAGCUCUUUCCACCCAUUUAAUCCCAGGAGAGAUGCAUCCAAGCCAGAAUGUGAAUAUAACUUUUGUGGACCAAUCAUAAGAAUAACCAGAAGCCCGGUGGUGACAGAGUGCUUUCUCCCAGCACGGCCUCCUGUUUCCUCCCUCUCGUGUCCCUCCAGGGAAAAUGGCUUUAUUGCUUAAUUUCCAAUGCACUUUUGGGCCUUUUUUUAUAGCUGGAAAAAACAAAAUACCACCCCACAAACCUGUAUUUAAAAAGAAACGGAAACGACCAAGUGAAAUUUGCCUCUGUCCAGACAUUUCAUCCGUGUGUGUGUGUCUGUGUGUGUGUGUGCGAAGCCACAUCCAUCUUUUUAUAUGGGGUUGUUGUCUCAUUUCGGUCUGUGUUGGUCCCCUCCCUCAUGGGCUUGUGCUCGGGAUCAAACCUUUCUGGCCUGUUAUGAUUCUGAACAUUUGACUUGAACUGCAAGUGAAUCUUUCUCCUGGUGACUCAAAUAAAAGUAUAAUUUUUACCUGAA